AUGGCGGUGGCCGGAUCGGUGAAUAAAGAGAUUGAGGAGGACCGUACAUCUGCACGCGAUGCAGAUAACCAACCGUACCGUCAACAGCAGACAAAACGCGGUCUGUCUCCUCGACAUGUCCAGCUUAUGAUGAUUGCCGGAGCCAUCGGAAUUGGACUCUUUGUUGGUGUUGGCGGUGUGCUCCGCAAGGCCGGGCCACUCCCUCUCAUCAUCGGCUAUAUCAUCUACGGUGUCGGCUUUAUCUAUCCCACAUCGCUUGCUGUCGCCGAGAUGCUCGCCUGGCUUCCCCUCCGUGGCUCCAUCUACGAACUGGCUGCUCGCUAUGUCGAUCCCGCCCUUGGUUUUGCCAUGGGGUGGACCUAUUUCUUUGCGGGCGCGAUGUUGGUAUGUACUGAGUAUUCUGCGGUAGCAACUGUCAUACAGUUCUGGAACACAUCGGUCAACCCAGCCGUAUGGGUUGCCAUAGUUAUGGUGGUUUGCGUGCUGCUCAAUUUGGUUGCUGUGAAAUGGUAUGGCGAAAGCGAGUUUGUCAUGUCUUCGACAAAGAUCCUCCUACUUAUCGGUCUUGUUUUCGCCACAAUUAUUACCAUGGCUGGAGGGAACCCAAACCACGAUGCUUAUGGCUUUCGUCAUUGGUCUGGAGGCAACUUCGUACAUUCCUACUAUGCAGAAGGGGCAACAGGCGUCUUUUUGAGUAUCUGUAUUUCCGUCCGAUACGCUGGCUUCACUGUCGCUGGUCCUGAUAUCCUGGCACUCGCCGCCGCAGAGAUGAGAAACCCUCGGAAAACGAUCCCUUCAGUCGCAAAAGUGAUCCUCUACCGAAUUGUUGGCGUUUAUAUCAUCGGUAUUGUCGCUGUCGGAAUUAUCUGCUCAUCUCGUGAUCCGCGCCUGAUGGGAGCCAUCGACUCAGGUGAGGCGGGAGCUGCUGCAUCACCCUGGGUUUUAGGUCUCAUGAAUGUAGGAAUCUCAGGAUUUCUCCCCGGAUUUAUCAAUGCCCUCAUCAUGCUCUCUGGAUGGUCGUGUGGAAAUGCCUACCUGUACAGUUCCAGCCGCACUCUCUACUCCCUGGCUCAGGAUGGAAAGGCUCCCAAGAUUCUUCUUAAGUGCACUAAGUCUGGUGCACCUUGGGUUUGCGUUAUGGUGGUCAGUGCAAUCUCUUGCCUCUCUUUCUUGGUCGCCUCCAAUGGCACCAUCGAGGUGUUUAACUGGUUCCUGGACCUGACCACCGUCUCCCUCGUUGUCAAUGCUACAGCAAUGUCCUGGGUGUUCCUGGGCUGGCGUCGAGCACUGAAGAAGAAAGGGAUUCCGCUCAUUGGCAAGAACCACUUCAAAGCCCCAGGCCGGUUGUCAAAGCUCCUUGGCCGAAGGCAUCAGCAUCCGGAGGUUAAUGAUGAGACCAUCAUUUUCCCAUACAUCGCUCCUGGGGGUUGGUUCUUUCCCUACACUUGUCUACUGUUGGGUAGCUGUGUUUGUUUUUUCAUCGGAUUUGAUGUAUUCUACCCAUUUUCCUACCGAGGCUUCAUUACAAGCUACUUUGGACUCGCCUGGUUCUUUGGAAUGUUUAUAUUCUGGAAAAUCUUUAAGCGCACCAAGUUUGUCAACGCAGCUGAUGUGGAUAUAUUCGCUGGUGGACUUAAGCAGGAAAUUGAUGAUGAAUGUCGACACUGGGAAGAGGGCGCCGAUGAUACAGAGAAAGCAACACAAUCGGUCAAAAAUUGGGUCCGGAAAUCCCUGUCGAAACCUACACUCUGA